CGGCUCUGCUCAAUGGCCCGGGCCGUCGACUCCCUGCCUGGAGGUUAAGGGUGAGUCACCUUCAACGACGGCUAUAACUGUUCUGGCCGACUUCGGGAUCUCCUUCACGCUCUCCCAUGAUACCGGUAUCCAACUAAUAGGCUCAUCUCAACCUCAACUACAACAAUUUCAUCAAUAAUCCAUGGCUGAUACCCUACCCAUGUGUUCUCUCCCCAGCUCAUUGGCGGCGGCGGUGGAAGUGAAGCUGGUAUUGUGUAGGAGCUGCUGUCGCGAGAGAGAGGUGAAGACAUGUUCUUCCAGCACAUUGAGUCAAUCACUUCUAUCAUCCUUCAAAUCCUCCGUAUCCAUACCCUCCCUCCCGACAAGAUUCAGUAUUACCAAGCAACUUUAUACUGCCCUAGUGGAUUGUCAUCUCACCAACGGAUGUGAGAUUAUACUCGACGCCAAUCCUGGUCUUAUCCGGAUUCUGGAAGGGGUACAGAUACGCUUUCUUCGCCAUAUGCUGGGCCUCUCAAGUAAUUUUGUCAUCACGCCGCUAUAAACUGAAACAGGAAUCAUACCGAUCCGCACUCAUCUUGCAUCUCUUGCUCUCCGAUACCUUAGAUAUGUUCCCCUCCUUCUCACUCUGGCCCUUUGGGAGAAUGACAACCUUGCCAUGCAUGCUGUCUGAUAUGGACUAUGCCAUCUCCCAACUUCCAGGCACCCACCACCUCCCUCACCU